AUGUUGAAACGAUUAGCCAAGAAAGGUAAAAUAGACUUGGAUAGAUGCCAGGACUACUGGGGAGCAGAAAGGUUGUUGGCAAGUAACGUGUCAACCCGGGAAGCAGGAUCUUUGUCGAAUGACGAAGAGACUAUUCCCUCUAUUGUUAAACUAGAGGAAGAACGGAAUAGUCCUCUGCAUGGCGAUGAGAAUACUGGUGUCGAAGAGCUCGAACAGACUUUAGAAGAUGACCGUAUCUACCGCCCUAGAAGAAAAAUAGCCAGAAGAUAA